AUGGCCGCAUCCUCAUGCUCCCUGUACAAGCCCGAUCUCGUUGGCGCAACGCCGUUGCAACAUUCACGCUUACGCAUACGAUCGGAGGACGGCUGGGUGGAAGAAGACACCAGGCCUGGGAUACACAAGAGCGGUCACAAGGAGAGGAUGGCACCGGAGGAAGAGUGCUUGCAAUUCCGAUGUACUGCCCUGAGCUGA